GAUCGCCCCGCGCGUGACCAUGUGAACGACCUGCUUCCCGGGACGCGUCAUUGUCUCCCGCACCACAAAGGAGCGCGGCGGCCCGGCGCGCAAAGAUGGCUGCAGGCGCCCGGCGCCGGUGAGCGCUCGGCGGGGCAGCGCGGGGCCGCCUGCACCAUGUCGUCGUUCGCGCUGGAGGAGACGCUCGAGUCCGACUGGGUGGCCGUGCGGCCCCAUGUGUUCGACGAGCGCGAAAAGCACAAGUUCGUCUUCAUCGUGGCCUGGAACGAGAUCGAGGGCAAGUUUGCCAUCACCUGCCACAACCGCACGGCGCAGAGGCAGAGGAGCGGCUCCCGGGACCCGGCCGGGGCUCGCGGGCCCGCAGACACGAAGGCUCCGGCCGCCGACGGGACCCGCGGGCCCGGCAGCCCUCUUCACAGGGGCCGACCCGAGGCCUCCUCCGGCGCGGCCGGGAUCCGGAGCCCCGGGCCGCGGAGGAGCUCGGCCCGGGCGGACGGCGGCUCUCCAAGGAGUGCGCGCAGCCCGCGGGGGGACCCGCGGCCUCGGGCCUCGGCCGGCCAAGGGGCGGACAGUCCUCUGCGGAGUCCGGCGCGGCGCAGGGCCAGCCCGGUCGGGAGGGGCUCCGAAGUCCGAGAUGGGCCCGGACCCGUCGCUGCGGCCGUCCCGCCGGUGCCCAGGGAGGCCCCGGUGUCGUCGGUGCGGGUAGUGAGCGCCUCCGGGGCUCUCGCCGAGGAGAUCGAAGUGCUGGAGAUGGUGCGGGAGGACGAGGCGUCCCCGCCGGCCGCCGGCGAGCUGGAGGGCGCGGCCGAAGAGUGCAGCUGGGCCGGCCUCUUCUCCUUCCAGGACCUGCGCGCCGUGCACCAGCAGCUGUGCUCGGUGAACUCGCGGCUGGAGCCCUGUCUGCCGGUGUUCCCCGAGGAGCCCUCCGGCAUGUGGACCGUGCUGUUCGGUGGCGCGCCCGAGAUGACCGACGCCGAGAUCGACACCUUAUGUUACCAGCUCCAGGUCUACCUGGGCCACGGCCUGGACACUUGCGGGUGGAAGAUCCUUUCUCAGGUGCUUUUCACUGAGACCGACGACCCCGAGGAGUACUACGAGAGCCUCAGCGAGCUGCGGCAGAAGGGCUACGAGGAAGUGCUCCAGCGGGCCAGGAAGCGCAUCCAGGAGCUCCUAGACAAGCACAAGAACAUAGAGAGUAUGGUGGAGCUUUUGGACUUGUACCAGAUGGAAGAUGAAGCCUACAGCAGCCUUGCAGAAGCCACGACUGAACUCUAUCAGUAUUUGCUGCAGCCAUUCCGAGACAUGCGAGAACUUGCCAUGCUAAGAAGACAGCAGAUCAAGAUUUCCAUGGAGAACGAUUAUCUGGGACCUCGAAGAAUUGAGAGUCUCCAAAAAGAAGAUGCUGAUUGGCAGCGGAAAGCCCACAUGGCUGUACUAUCCAUUCAGGAUCUUACUGUCAAAUACUUUGAAAUAACAGCUAAAGCUCAAAAAGCUGUGUAUGAUCGAAUGCGCGCAGAUCAGAGGAGAUUUGGUAAAGCGUCAUGGGCAGCAGCUGCUGAGCGCAUGGAGAAACUGCAGUGUGCGGUUUCUAAAGAGACUUUGCAGAUGAUGAGAGCCAAGGAGAUAUGCUUGGAACAGAAGAAACAUGCACUAAAAGAAGAGAUGCAGAGUUUGCAGGGCGGCUCAGAAGCCAUCGCCCAGUUGGAUCAGUUAGAAGCUAAUUAUUAUGAUCUGCAACUUCAGUUAUAUGAAGUACAGUUUGAAAUCUUGAAGUGUGAAGAGUUACUGUUGACAGCACAGCUGGAAAGCAUCAAAAGACUUAUCUCAGAAAAGAGAGAUGAAGUGGUGUACUACGACACUUAUGAGAGCAUGGAAGCCAUGCUGGAGAAGGGGGAGGCGGCGGCGGCUGCGCACGCCCAGAGGGAGGAGCUGCAGAGGCUGCAGCAGAAGGCGCGCCAGCUGGAGGCUCGACGGGGGCGUGUCUCGGCCAAGAAAGCCUACCUCAGAAAUAAAAAGGAAAUAUGUAUUGCAAAACACAAUGAAAAAUUCCAGCAGCGUUUACGGAGUGAGGAUGAAUAUAGAACUCACCACACAGUACAACUAAAGAGAGAUAAAUUACAUGAUGAAGAGGAAAGAAAAAGUGCCUGGGUUAGCCAAGAGAGACAACGAACGCUGGAUAGACUUCGAACAUUUAAGCAGAAGUACCCUGGGCAGGUCAUACUUAAAUCAACCAGAUUACGACUGGCUCAUGCAAGAAGAAAAAGUGCAGCAAGUCCUGUGCCCCACGAGGAUCAGUGUGAGUCUCCACCAGGAGUGCUGCAGGAAGAGGCAAGAGCAGAAGAGGUGGGAGAAGGAAGAGGUCACCUUGGGUCUUCACACACAGCAGAACCCCAGAGCCUUGGACAGCUUGAAGACACUUCCUUAGCACAACUUGAAGCCACUUCAUUACCUCUCCGUGGUGUCGCCUCUGAACUGCCUCCCUCUGUCUCUCUUCCACUUUUGACGAGUAGUGACCUCCAGCCGAGCCCUGCUACUACUACCACCACCGCCACGGACACACUCCCGCCUCCUCUUCCGCCCCCGCCCCCGCCCCCACCUCCGCCUCUGCCUGUUGCGAAGGACAGUGAUGCUGGCAGCACAGCAGAGCUGCUGGAGAAAGGUCUGUCCAGCAAGGAGGGAAGUGAGAAGAGGAUCCCAAAGUCCGCCAGCGCGCCCUCCGCACACCUCUUUGACAGCAGCCAGCUGCUCAGCGCCCGGAAGAAGCUCAGAAAGACUGCUGAAGCUUUGCAGAGGAGGAGAGUGAGCUCACCCAUGGAUGAGGUGCUAGCGUCUUUGAAGCGUGGUAGUUUCCAUCUGAAGAAGGUUGAACAGCGGACUCUGCCGCCUUUUCCGGAUGAAGAUGAUAGUAAUAACAUCUUGGCCCAGAUCAGGAAAGGGGUGAAAUUGAAGAAGGUGCAGAAGGAUGUUCUGAGAGAGUCCUUCACACUUCUUCCCGACACUGACCCUCUGACACGGAGCAUCCACGAAGCUCUCAGAAGAAUCAAAGAAGCAUCUCCCGAGUCAGAGGACGACGAGGAAGCUUUGCCUUGCACGGACUGGGAGAACUAGCAAGUGGCUUAACAGAAAGAAGAAAAUACUGGUGAAGAUUGGUUCUGAUUCUUUUGGAAAACAAAGGCUUAAGCUCCUGGUUCCACAGUUGGAUUCCAUUAUAUCCAAAAUGUACUGGCUCGGUGGUGUGAGAGGAAGCCCUACUGGCUUCCAGUCCUGCCGGAGGAGGGUGGCGACUGAGUUUAGGCCUCAGUGUUCCUGGCUGCGGUGAAGAAGAGGCCUUCCAGAGAUGGCAGUUUCUUAGGCACCUUCUUUUCCCAUCCACCCACUUAUAUCCUUAUAGUUGCCAGUAUGUUAGAGGUCACUGUGAAUUAGAACAACACUGGGUUGACAGAUGCAUUGUGUGAGCAGCUUUGAGAUUCACCGUUCGGUGUACCGAGAACGUUUGCUGAAAAACAGCUUCUUCCAUAUCAGCAAAUAGAAACAGUGUGACACUGAAAAGCUUAUCAUGGUAGCGGUAAGUCAGGAAUUAAAGUCAGAUGUAAAUGCACUUGGAAUUUCCACAUUAUUCAUCUCCAAAGGAAUUUUCAUAAAGAUGUUCGACAUCUGAAAAGCCAGUGGGGAUACAGCUAUUAGUGUGUGUACCACACCACAAUACAUUCAACAAGUUGUGUUUUUAGGAGAACACUCAGUCGUAUACUUUGUAAGGGGUUGAAGUUAAAAGUUCCAUGCUUUUAAGUAGUGUUUCAUAAUUCUGAAUUUAUAAUAGUUUGUACUUUAUGUGUAACCUGAUUAUGAGAAGAAGCAAUGCUUUGUAAUUUGAUAAUGUUUCAAAUUCUCUUUAGCUUUUUUUUUUUUUUCCAACUAUUGCUUGAUUAUGCUAACUCACAAAUUUCCUCUUGAGAAUCAGAAAUCAGGAUUCAUUACCAGGGAUACAGAUUACCAUUGUGUGUGUCACAUACCAGUUUAAGUUCUUACUGUUGCGCUCCACAGUGAAAAGCAUAGGUAAAGCAGAUAAACCCAAAUGCUUCUGGCUGGUAUUGCACUGGUUUCAAGUGCUUUGAAGAGGACCUGAGGAGAGAGCUUCAUUAUUGACAAAUUUUAAAGUAUGUGUAGGUGUUGGUUUUGGUGACUAGAGGCCUUACAGGAUCCAUUUAUGUGGGUGCAGUUGUCAUGGGUUAACAGCAAGAUUAUGUGGACUUGUGUGAAGGCAGACAUGUUGGACCCAGUUCACAUCUCUCUAUAAUGCAGGAUAUACAUCUUGGUCUUUUUUUUUUUUUAAUUUUUUGGUUUAUUUUUAUUUAUUUCUUUGAAAGCAACAGAGAAGGGGAGAGAGAAUGGGCACACCAGAGCUUCU